AUGGUUACCGUUAUUGUCAUUAUCACCGUCACCGUUACUAUUACCAUUACGAUCACUAUCACCGUUAUUGUUAUCGUCACCGUCACUGUUAUUGUUACUGUCAUUGUCAUCGUUAUUGCUACCGUUAUCGUCACCAUAACCGUUACCGUGACCAUUACCAAGACAGUUACCAUUAUUGUUACUGUGAUUGUCACCAUUACCGUUAGCGUCACCAUUACUGUUACCGUCACCGUGACCAUCAUCAUAACCGUCACUGUUAUCGUCACCGUUAACGUCACUGUGACUGUCACCAUCGCCGUUAGCAUCACUAUUAUCGUCACCAUCACCGUCACCAUUACCCUGAUCGUGAUCGUUACCAUCAUUGUUACCAUCAUCGUUACGGUAACUGUUACUAUUACCUUUACCGUUAUCAUAACCAUUACUGUCACCCUUACCGUUACCAUCACCGUUAUCAUCACUGUUAUCGUCACCGUUAUCGUUACUGUAAUGAUCACCGUUACCGUGACUUUCAACUUAAUCGUCACUAUCACCGUUACCGUUACUAUUACUAUUACGAUCACUAUCACCGUUAUUGUUAUCGUCAUCGUCACUGUUAUUGUUACUGUCAUUGUCAUCGUUAUUGCUACCGUUAUCGUCACCAUAACCGUUACCGUGACCAUUACCAAGACAGUUACCAUUAUUGUUACUGUGAUUGUCACCAUUACCGUUAGCGUCACCAUUACUGUUACCGUCACCGUGACCAUCAUCAUGACCGUCACUGUUAUCGUCAUCGUUAUCGUCACCGUUAACGUCACUGUGACUGUCACCAUCACCGUUAGCGUCACUAUUAUCGUCACCAUCACCGUCACCAUUACCCUGAUCAUGAUCGUUACCAUCAUUGUUACCAUCAUCUUUACGGUAACUGUUACUAUUACCUUUACCGUUAUCAUAACCAUUACUGUCACCCUUACCGUUACCAUCACCGUUAUCAUCACUGUUAUCGUCACCGUUAUCGUAACUGUAAUGAUCACCGUUACCGUGACUUUCAACUUAAUCGUCACUAUCACCGUUACCGUUACUAUUACCAUUACGAUCACUAUCACCGUUAUUGUUAUCGUCACCGUCACUGUUAUUGUUACUGUCAUUGUCAUCGUUAUUGCUACCGUUAUCGUCACCAUAACCGUUACCGUGACCAUUACCAAGACAGUUACCAUUAUUGUUACUGUGAUUGUCACCAUUACCGUUAGCGUCACCAUUACUGUUACCGUCACCGUGACCAUCAUCAUGACCGUCACUGUUAUCGUCAUCGUUAUCGUCACCGUUAACGUCACUGUGACUGUCACCAUCACCGUUAGCAUCACUAUUAUCGUCACCAUCACCGUCACCAUUACCCUGAUCGUGAUCGUUACCAUCAUUGUUACCAUCAUCGUUACGGUAACUAUUACUAUUACCUUUACCGUUAUCAUAACCAUUACUGUCACCCUUACUGUUACCAUCACCGUUAUCAUCACUGUUAUCGUCACCGUUAUAGUAACUGUGAUGAUCACCGUUACCGUGACUUUCAACUUAAUCGUCACCGUUACCAUCACCAUCACCAUCAUCGUCAUCGUUACCAUCAUCAUGACCAUUAUCAUCACCCUUUCCGUUACAAUUACCGUCAUCAUCAGUGUCAUUGUUACCUUUACCGUUACUGUCACCAUUACCAUUAUCGUCACUAUUACCGUCACUCUUACUGUUACUGUCACCAUUAUUGUUACUAUUACCGUUAUUGUCACCAUUAUCGUCACCGUUAUUAUUACUGCCAUUGCUGCCGUUACCUUCACCAUUACUGUUACCGUCACCGUUAUCAUCAUUGUUACCUUUACCGUUACAGUUACCGUCACUAUUACUAUUACUGUUACCAUUACCGGUAUUGUUAUCAUUACUGUUACCAUCCACUAUAUCAUUACCAUUACCAUUACCAUCACCGUCACCUUUACCGUUACCGUUACAGUCACCGUCACUAUCAUCGUCACUGUCACCGUCAUCGUUAACCUUACCGUUGCCAUUACCAUCACAGUAACCAUUAUCGUCACUAUUACCAUCACCUUUACAGUUAUAGUCACUAUUACCACCAUCGUCACCACCACUAUUAUUAUUAUUGUCACAGUCACCAUUACCGUUACCGUCAUCGUAACCAUUACCGUAACCGUCACUGUCACCGUCACCUUUAUCAUCACCAUUUAUGCCAUUGUUGUCAUCUCCGUUACCGUUACAAUUACCAUUAUUGUUAUUGUCACCUUUACCGUGAUCGUUACCGUUAGCAUUACUGUUACCGUCACCAUUAUCGUCACUGUGAUCGUGACUGUUACCAUCACCAUUACUGUAACCGUCACCGUUACGGUCACUGUUACCGUAACUAUUACAAUAAUCGUAAUCAUCACCGUUACCAUCACAAUUAUGUUACUAUUAACGUCACUGUCACCAUUACCAUCACCGUUACCAUAA